AUGAACAUGCUUGACCUCAUUGGUGGGCACUUUUCAGACAAACUUGUUGAAGAAGUUAGAUGCGGAAAGAAAAUUCAAGGCCCUGGUGACAACUGGGACAUGAAAAUACAUGCACACGAUAUGCUUUCAACAAAUCAAAACACUGAUUUGCACUACUUUGCUUCUAAUCUUAUUGUUGAGCGUGUACCAUCAGAGAAUCUGUCAAAUGUGUCCCCACAAGUUAAGAUAUCUUCCCUCCAUAACACAGCUUUCCUUCUUGACAGCAACGAGGCCAACAAGUUGAGAGAUGAUAUAAAAGUGUUGGUUGGAAGAGUUCUGCUUCAGAAAAUACCACACUUGUCGUUUUUGAAACAUGUCAUUCCCAAUCAUAUUGCACAUCCGUACAAGAAAGAAAUGUCCAAAAAAUCAAUCAUUGUUCCUUUACCAAUGAUGAUGAAAGAUGAAAAAAAGUAUGAAGAUGUAGUUGAUAUCCUUGAUGGUUAUGAACAGCAUUUGGAAAAAAUCUUUGUUAAAGCCGAUGUCAUUGAAAAACCAGUUGAGGAUACCAAUAGCAAAACACCUCCAAUAAUUGGCAGACAGUCAGCAUCAGCAGAUCAGGCAAGGGCGCAUUUCAACAAAGAUGACGAGUAUGAUUAUAUGAAGAAGAUAUCUGUACCAUUUGGGGGAGACCAGAUGACCAGGGUGAGGUUUGCAGGAGCAAAAGAUUUAAGAGCUGGUGCCAAUACUGCAAAACAUCGUUUUGAUCAUUGUUGUCCGUUUGUUGCUGAGCUGUUCCACACAAAGAUGGCCUAUGUUCAGGUAAAAGAGAAAUAAAAUUUAAAUUAAUAAAUAUGCCAAUAACUUCAAACACACAAUGUUGCCUUUGAAGAUUUAAGAUAUAAAUGUAUUUGCUUAAUAUCCUAGUUUGUAUACAACCUCCUAUACAAGGCAGAAUCGACCAGGGAAGUUGGCACUUUAAAGUUCUUUCGUGAAAAAUUCAAUCACCGUAAUGUAACUCCGAAGAAAGUUACUGAUUCUUAUGAAGGGUGUGAGCAAUUGCUACUUCAGGUGGGUCAAGCAUACCUUUUGGAAGCAGCAAUGGAAUUUUGGGGAAUGGGGAAUUUAGAAGAAAGCCCAACCAAACAUGUACCUCCAGCAGAUAUCCAUAGCCAGGAAAAUGAAAAGAAGAUGGAAUAUUUUCAGGAAGUUGUUGGGGAAUUUGUAAAUGAAUAUGCUUUGCCAAAAGGAGAGCAAGAAAUUUUUGAAUCGGACAAAGUAAGGUAGGUAGCAUGCUGAAAAAAUAAUAUUUUAGGAAUACCCAUUCAUAAUUGACUUUUCUUAUAAAGUAUAGUGCUUUAUAGAGAUUUUUAACACUGAUAAAAGUGACAAUCUCACAUGUGAGAUUAUUCAUGAUAAUCUCACAUGUGAAAAUUAUGCUUUUCAAUCAUCGCUUUUCUGUAAAAAUUAUCACUUUUCGAAGACUGUCCUAUAUAUCAUGUUUAACACUCAAAAUAAAUCUGGUAUUUCUGCACACCCAUGUAUUAUUCUCUAUAUAUUUUUUGACAGGGCAUAUGGGCUCAAUGUUAUUGAGCUUGUGGUUUUCCUUAUGCAGUUGAUCGAUACAUGUAAAGAGGGUGAUGGAGAAAGAAGCAUGAUCAAUAAGAAAAGGCUAUUAAUGUACUUUAAGUCAUCUAACUCAUUUAAAAACUAUUCUGUGGAGAUGUUCACAUGGAUUGCUCAAAUCAAGUCUCUGUGCUCUGAAGAAAUGGCUCAUCGCUUGAAAUGGGGCAGAUUUGUAAAUUGGAAUGGUGGAGAAGGGAAAAAUAUAGCAUGUGAUAUGGCGCAGGAGAUAUGUAAUCGUGUAAGCAAAGAUAUUGUCAAGGGAAUGGGGGCCAACAAGACUCCUCAAACAAUGAUGAGGGCAUCUAAAGCUGCUGCAGGUGUCGAUCAAAUAGUGAAGAGAGUGAAUGAAGUCAGCAAUAUCAAACCAGCAUCUCAAUCGCAUACACACAAGGAAACCAGUAAUGAAGAAGUCAUGAUGUUUCAGGAUCUACGAAAAUUACAACCAUUCAACACAAAGAAAGGCAGAUAUCAUCAUAAUUUUAAAGAAAUUGUUGUUUCACCAACAUCAUCAGUUAAUAUGAGUGAACUUUUCACAUGGUUAGAAAAGCACAAAAAGCAGAUUGCUAUGGGAGACAAAACUCAAAAAUAA